AUGCCUCCUAAGCGCGCGACGAAGGUGGCUGCAGACGUCACGCUCCCUGAUGACCUCCUUACGGACCCGAUCGUUCUGCCGACACCUGCUGGGGAAGACACUGGAAUGAAAGGUUCGGCAGACAUGGUUAACGCGACUACCUCUCUGGCGACGGACAAUGUUGCUGCAAAAGAGAAGGCCAAGGUUACUGCUGAAUCUGAUUCGAAGGUCAUGGACAAUGUUGCUGGAAGCUCUGGAUUGACCGUGGAAGAGAAGAAUCAGGCUUAUCAGGCGUAUCAGGCUCCUUCGGCGGUAGCUGAUGAGUUCCUGGAGGAUGACUCGGACGAAGAACUGGAAAUCGACAUUGCAAAGGAGGAUGCUUUCCGUCUUCGCUUUACUGCAAUUUUACUAAUCCCGAUGACACUGUCUCAGGAGAUCAAAGCGAUAAUCGCAGCUGUUCGCAUUCUGAUGACAAAAGUUUGGAGCUCGUCACUUACUGAGAACGCUGGCGUCACUGCCAACAUUCAGGAGAUGACCCCAGGCUUCGUGGCGAAAACGCGGUUCUGCCGGCUUCAAAUUUCUUUCCUUGAUGAGCGCGAUGCUCACCAUAUCAAGUUUCACGUCUUUGAGUAUCAGAGGUCCAAUGCUCCUGCGAUCAAAUGCAUCUGGCAGCACACGGAAGAUGCUUCCUACCUUAGGGAGAAGGCUGCUCACCCGCUUGCUGUUGAGGUGGUUUUCCGUCGCGUACCUGCUAACAUUGUCCCGGAUGUGCUGAAGGAUCCGCUCGUCCGCUUCAAGCUGAAGAUGCGCAAGCAGUCGGCAUUCAAGGAUGGUCUCGCCUUCCAUCGCGUGGUUCACCCACUCACCGGCGCUGAUACGGAUGUGAUUAAAGGCCUCGUUAUUCAACACCCGGGAGAUCGUUACCGCUGGCGCCAUGUCGUUGACAACCCGAUGGAGUCCGCUGCCUCUCUGCGCACCUCUGCUCUUACCACACCCAUCCUGAAAGACCCCGCCAUUGCUCUAGUCUCGACCGGCAGCAUCCGCGAGGAAUGGAUCUGCACGCAAGUAGGCUGCGGGAAGGCGAAAGGGAAAACCUUCAUGUCUGCUGCAGAUCACAUUGCCUCUGCGACUCACCUGUUGAACCUCGAGAAGCUGGGUACCGCGACGAAGGUCUCGAUGGACAAGGCCAAUCUCACCGGUCUGAAGAAGGAGUACGGAUUCUGA